AUGGAAUAUCUGGCAGCCAUUUUUCCAUAUUUUGUGCACGGACAGACAACCAGAUUUUCUUUAGAUACAAAUUGUGUUGACAAUUAUAUUCUAUUUGAAUCAAUCAUGGUGUUUGUACCACCUCGAAAACCACGAGCAUUGAUGAGAGAACGUGUCCAGCAACCAAAUGGAGUUAUUCAAUGUCAGAAAUGUUUGGAAAAAGGUCAUUGGACAUAUCAAUGUACGAAAAAACGAAAAUAUACUGAAAGACCAUCGAGAACUCAAAUAUUAGAAAAACGUAUUAAACAAUUAAAACAAGCUCAAGAAGACACAAAAGAAAAGGAGUCAAAAGAAAAAGCUGAUGAAUUAAAACAAAAAGAACGGAUGGCAAAAAUAAUGUCAUCGGCUGGAAUGGAAAACAUUCGUUUUGAAAAGAAAAAAUCGUCUAAUAAGAACAAAGAUGACGACGUAUCAGACGCUGAAUCCACAUCGAGUUCCAGUUCUGAUAGUUCAACAUCUUCGUCGGAUUCAUCAUCAUCUUCUUCAUCGACAACUUCGUCAUCGAGUGCAUCCGAAAAUGAACGUCAAAAUGUUAAAAAACGAGCUAAACUGGAGUAG